AUGCUUCUGAGGUCGGGGUUGGGGCGGUCCUCUCUCAGCGAUUUCCCCCCCCUUGAUGGGAAGGUGCACCCAUGUGCAUACUUCUCGCACCGCCUGAGCCCGGCAGAACGGAACUAUGAUGUCGGUAACCGUGAGCUGCUUGCGGUUAGGCUGGCACUGGGUGAGUGGCGACACUGGCUGGAGGGGGCGGCGGAGCCCUUCUUGGUCUGGACGGAUCAUAAGAACCUUGAAUAUAUCCGUUCGGCCAAGAGGCUGAACUCUCGGCAGGCCAGGUGGGCUCUCUUCUUUGAUCGGUUCCGUUUCACCCUCUCGUAUAGGCCUGGGUCCAAGAAUAUCAAGCCGGAUGCUCUGUCUCGUCUCUUUGCCAGUCCGGGGAGCGGGCGCCGCCCGACACCAUUUUGCCCCGGGGUGUCGUGGUGGCGGCCGUUUCCUGGGGUAUUGAGAGGCGGGUCAGGGAGGCCUUGCGGGGGGUGGAAGUUCCGAGAGGCUGCCCUACUGGUCUGUUGUUUGUUCCAGGUCCAUUGCGUCCAUCAGUCCUUGAGUGGAGUCAUUCUUCUAGGCUGGUCUGCCAUCCAGGGGUGCGGAGGACGUUGGCUUCUGCCCGCCAGCGCUUUUGGUGGCCUUCACUGCCCCAUGAUGUCAGACAGUUUGUGGCUGCUUGCUCGGUUUGCGCCCAGAACAAGACUUCUAACAAGCCUCCCAUUGGUCUGCUGCGGCCUUUGCCGAUCCCCACCCGCCCUUGGUCCCAUAUUGCCCUGGACUUUGUCACUGGCCUCCCCUCUUCCAGGGGCAAUACCGUGAUUUUGACAGUUGUGGACCGCUUUUCUAAGGCAGCUCACUUUAUUCGCCUACCUAAAUUGCCCUCUGCUAAGGAAACUGCUCUGAUGGUAGUCGAU